AUGUCCCAUAUUAAAAUUAUACGCAAUUGUUUCCCUCGUCUUUGUAAAAAUAUUACCUCAUACAGCGGAUGUUUAAAAAAACCGAAAACGUACAGGUUCGCUUUAAAUUCCCGCUGUUUUACACGCAACUUCGCAACUCAAACUGCCCCUGAUCUGGAUAAUAAUGUUUUGAAUUCGCCAUGGGGUGAAAUUAAAGUUGGGGAUGAAACUUUAACUGAAUAUGUGUUUAGUGAUUACGAGCUGUGGGCGGAUAAGCCGUCUGUGACUUGCGGUAGCUCAGGCAGAUCAUAUCAAUACGGCAUGCUACGAAUGAUGGUGGAACGUUGCGCUAUGGGGUUAAUUGGUCACAUGCGUUUGUCACCCGGCGAGCGCAUCGGCCUAAUAUUGCCAAAUAUUCCUGAAUUUGCGGCGCUCAUACAUGGCGCGAUAAGAGCUGGACUAGUUGUAACCUUUGCUAACCCGUUAUACACUGCUGAGGAAGUUAGGAAGCAGUUCACGGACUGUGAUGUAAAAGCGAUCGGAACUAUCGAGAUGUACAUGCCGCUCGCGCAAGAAGUCAGCAAGUCGCUGAAGGACUAUAAAGGAACUAUUUGGGUCGGAGGUGAAGACGAUAAAACUAAUGGAAUAUUCGGACUUCGCUCGCUUCUGAUGGCGGAUCACAAAGCCGACCUACCGAAAUUAAACUGCGAAGAUGUAUGCCUGCUCCCCUAUUCCAGUGGAACUACAGGCAUGCCUAAAGGUGUAAUGCUUACGCACAAGAACCUUGUCUCCAAUUUGAAACAAAUACAAUGUCCAAAGAUGAUGAAGUACAAAGGCGAAAAAGGUCACGGAGACGUAAUUUUAACGGUGCCGCCAUUUUUCCACAUUUACGGAUUCAACGCCGUUCUAAAUUAUAAUUUAACUCUCGGAUACCAUGUCGUCUCCAUGCCCAAAUUUACACCGGAUGACUACAUAAAGUGCCUGGUGGAGUACAAGCCAACAACUCUCUUCGUAGUGCCUUCACUUCUCGCUUUUCUAGCGACACAUCCUUUGGUUAAAAAGGAACAUUUAGUGUCUGUAGAAACCAUAAUGGUAGGAGCAGCACCUACCACGGAUAGUUUGCUGGAAAAGUUUCUACUUAAAUGUGAAAAGACUAAGGACGAAAUAAAACUGUUGCAAGGUUAUGGAAUGACAGAAAGCUCUCCUGUGACGUUGAUGACGCCUUACAUAUAUCCGUUUAACAAAAUAGGCUCAGUGGGUCAGCUGGUGCCCAGCACUCAAGCACGGGUUAUUUCUCUCACUACAGGUGUUUCUCUGGGUUCGCACAAGUCUGGCGAAUUGUGUCUGCGUGGACCACAGGUCAUGAAAGGUUAUUUGAACAACGAAAAAGCUACAUUGGAAACGAUGGAUAGCGACGGCUGGCUGCAUACAGGCGACGUGACGUACUACGAUGACGACCACUAUUUUUACAUUGUAGAUCGUACUAAAGAACUUAUUAAAGUUAAAGGCAACCAGGUGUCGCCCACUGAAAUAGAAAACGUGAUAACAGAGCUACCGGAAGUAGCAGACGUAGCCGUUGUCGGCGUGCCGGACGCCCUGGCCGGGGAACUCCCGAAAGCGUUUGUUGUUUUGAAACCAAACAACAAACUUACGGAGAAACAAAUCUACGAUUUCGUAGCUCAAAAGCUUACUAGAUACAAACAUCUUGAAGGAGGCGUCGCCUUCUUGCAAACAAUUCCAAGAAACGCCGCGGGAAAAAUCAUGCGAAAUGAACUAAAAGUUCUUGGUUCAAAAAAUAAUAAAAUACAAUUUUAA